AUGUGGAUUGCGGUUUUUGUGUGCUUAGCAACAAGAGCAAUACAUCUGGAGCCAGUAGUAGGGCUCACGAGUAAUGCCUUUUUUGCCGCACUACGGCGAUUUAUGGCACGGAGAGGAAAAUGUUCAAAGAUAUAUAGUGACAAUGGUACAAAUUUUGUUGGUGUUCAACGUGAACUAGCAAACUAUAUAAAAGAUGCCGACGCAAAUAUAGCUCAGGAUGAAGAAUUAGGAACCUUACUUUGUCAGAUUGAGGCAUGUUUGAACUCUCGUCCGUUAACACCGUUAAGCCUUGAUGCUCUGGACUUAGAGCCUAUAACACCGGCACACUUUUUAAUUGGUGGACCACUUCUUUUAGCACCAGAACCCGAUUUGUCAAAAGAAAACAUAGAUAUAUUACGGAGGUGGAAAUAUGUGCAAGCCUUGAUGCAAAUGUUUUGGAAACGUUGGUCAAAAGAAUAUUUGCCACAGCUCCAAGUUAGAGGUCGUUGGGUAUCUCAAACUGAACAGAUGAAAAUUGGAGAUAUAGUAAUCAUCAAAGAAGAAUUUGCACCACCAGGAAAAUGGAAAUUAGGAAGAGUAGCAAAAACGCAUCCAGGUAGUGAUGGGAUUGUACGAGUAGUCACUUUAAAGACAGCAAAUUGUGAUGAGCUGAAAAGACCGGUAGUGAAGCUAUGUCGUCUACCAGUAGAGCCAGAAAACUCUAAUAUUGAAAAAUAG